GCCGUCCACGCACGGGGCAUUGCGCGUGUGUGUUGAGGGCCCCUGCCUGCCCCUGCCUCUUGAAAACCUCUGUAAUCUGAUUCGGGCGGCGGGCGGUGCUCAGUCACUGAAUACGUAUUUUUUGUCUUGCUCAGGGACUGAAACUCUACAAACUUAGUGCAAUGGCUCCCCCGACGUAUGGCGACCUCGGCAAGUCUGCCCGCGAUGUGUUCGGCAAGGGCUUCCACUUUGGCCUGGUGAAGCUGGAGGCCAAGACGACGUCUGCCACGGGCGUGGCCUUCACGUCCACCUUCAGCCAGAACCUGGCCAGCGCUAAGGUGCUCGGAAACCUGGAGACCAAGUACAAGUGCAAGGAGCACGGUCUGACGCUGACUGAGAAGUGGAACACGGACAACACCCUCUCCACCGAUAUCACACUGGAGGAUAAGAUCUGCAAGGGCCUGAAGCUGACCCUGGACACUAGUCUGGCGCCACAGACCGGGAAGAAGUCUGCCGUUGCCAAGGCGACCUACAAACACGACAAGUGCACCAUCAACGCCGACGUCAAUCUGGACCCGAACGGACCCGUGGUGCAGGGCGCCGCCGUCGCCGGCUACCAGGGCUGGCUGGCCGGCUACCAGAUGUCGUUCGACACUGCCAAGUCCAAGCUGACUCGCUCCAACUUCGCACUGGGGUUCACCGCCAAGGACCUGACCGUACACACUGCCGUGUUGGACGGUCAACAGUUCACCGGCAGCGUCUUCAGCAAGGUGGCGCCCGACAUCGAGGGAGCCGUCGAGGUCGGAUGGACCGCCGGAUCCAACGCCACCAAGUUCGCCCUCGGCGCCAAGUAUUCUGUCGACAAGGACAGUAGCUUCCGCGCCAAGGUCAACAACAGCUCCGAGGUCGGCCUCGGCUACCAGCAGCGCAUCCGAGACGGUGUCACCCUGACGCUCUCCAGCAUGAUUGACGCCAAGAACUUCAACCAGGGCGGCCACAAGCUGGGCCUCUGCCUGGAGCUGGAGGCGUAAGCAGCUCGGCUUCGCUCGGGAGCAGAGACUGGCGAGAGUGGGAGCGUGAGAGAGAGAGAGAGGGAGAGAGAGCGGGAGAGCACGUGCACAUGUGGCGGGCGCGGCCCGGAGAGGACGUGUGAUCCGGUCUCGUAUAGCGUGACGUCAUCCACUCCUUAGGUGACGUCACCGGGGCGUUUAGGUGUGACGUCACUGGUGUUUAGCUAUGACGUCACUGGUGUCCAGCUGGGACGUCUCCGGGACUUGGUUUGGGUUUGGAGAUCGGUGUUUAGCCGGGCGGCGGCCGGCGGCGGCUGCUGAUUGGCUGCCGGUGGUUCGCGGCGGCCGCUGAUUGGCUGCCGGCCGGCCGACUGUGGUGUGACGUCAUUGUAUGGCCUCGCGCGGCGUGUGGUGCGAUUUGCAGGGGUAGGCGGUGGUCCCUGGCCCGCCGGCCGGCCGGCCGACCACCCGGUCUUAUACAGGAGAAAACGCCCCGGCCUGUCCGGCGGAACUGGGCGGGGCAUAAACCGCCCCCGGCGGGUCCGCGGUGGGCGGGGCAUAAAAUGGUGGAUACUGUGGACAGCCGGCCGGCCGGCGGGUCCGCGGAAACCGAGACAAAUAUACACUGAGUAAGACGGGAAA